UUGAACUGUGUGGUUGAGAGGUAGAAAAAAAUUAGGCAGUCGGGGGGGGGCCGAUUUAAUUACUUAUCGCCCCCCGCGUCAGUUUCAGUGAAACUGAUAAGACGCGGAAAAGUUUUGCCAAAACUUUUCAAAAACUUUUUUUUUGGGAAUUUUUUUCCCCCUCAAAUGAUUUUGGUGAUCGCCCAGAAUUUGGAACUAAACUCCUAGGGUUUUUUUUUUGCUCUGCCUUGUGGGGGACUUUUGUUUUCUUUUGAAUUUUGAAAAGAAAGGAAGAAAAACAUCUUUCUCUCGGUGUGAGAGACAGCGAUGCCCCCCCAGGAUUUAUUGGACUAUCGAGCAGGUUUCGCACCCCCGGUGCCCCCGCACAAACCCAAGCGUAGCGGCCGGGCUGCCCGCACCCAGGAGCGGUUCCUCAAGUGCGUUUUGCUCGGAGAUGGAGCGGUUGGCAAAACAAGUUUGGUGGUUAGCUACACCACCAAUGGUUAUCCAACAAAAUAUGUACCCACUGCCUUUGAUGAUUUCUCUGCUAUCGUCCACGUUGAUGGGACCCCCAUCAGACUGCAGCUCUGCGAUACCGCUGGCCAGGAUGAAUUCGACAAGCUUCGCCACUUCUGCUACCACAAGACCGACGUCUUCCUUCUCUGCUUCAGCGUGGUCAGCCCCUCAUCCUUCCAGAACGUGACGGAGAAGUGGAUGCCCGAGAUCCGCCAGCACUGCCCCACCGUGCCCGUGGUUCUGGCGGGCACCCAGUGUGACCUGCGCGGGGACGUGAAGGUCCUGAUCGAGCUGGCCAAGUGCAAGGAGAAGCCGGUGCCCCAGGCCGCCGCCCGGGCGCUGUCGGAGAAGAUGGGCGCCGUGGCAUACGUGGAGUGCUCCUCGCUGACGCAGAAAAACCUGAAGGAGGUCUUCGACUUGGCCAUCGUGAGUGGGCUGCGCCACAUGGACGCGCGGGCCAGCAGCGAGCACCGGGUGAAAGCGUUAACCACCAAGAAAAUGAGGACCUUGUCAAAAUCCUGGUGGAAAAAGUAUGUCUGCAUUGUAUGACCAUUGUUCAUUGGACUUUUCAGGAACGUGGUUGUGGAGGAGGAAUGGACGAUGCCAACUUUUGGAAGAGAAGAAGCAUCUUGCUCUGUAUUUCUCAUCCUCAUGAUAAGCCUGAUUUUUGUUUUUGUUUGUUUGUUUUUUUGCUGAUUUUUUUUUUUGUUUGGCCAAUGGUUAGAUUACUGUCCCUGCCAGAUUUUGAGGGGGUGGACAGCUUCAAAUUGCCUUCAGUAUCCCCCAGGUGGGGAUGUGGCUCAAGGGGUGACACAUCCAGAAUCUUCUUUCUUUUAUUUGAAUCGCUUUUGAAGUCAGCCUGAGGGAUGGGAAGGAAGGAUUCGAUCCAGAGAAUCAGGUGAUGCCUUUCACAGUGGAAUUGCUUUAUAGAAUCCCUCUGGUGUGGAAGCAGGCCCUUGAGUCCACACGACCUGUCUAAAGAGCAUCCCACCCAAGCCCAUUCUGCUCCCCCAACACUGAACUGACCCUCCCUUAUCCCAUCCUGUAAUCCCCACAUUUCCCAGGACUAACCCACCAUCCCCAUACACUCUGGUCAAUUUAGCACGGCCAACGCUCCCUAACCUCGCCUUCUCGGGAGGAAACCCACACAGACACAGGGAGAACAUGCAAACCCCAUGCAGAGGGUGGAAUCGAACCCAGGUCCCUGGCACUGUGAGGCAGCAGUGCUAACCACUGAGCCAACACACUGCCUGUACUCACGCAUAUAGGUAGCCAAGUGAGAACAGCUCUUCCCUGCCGCCCAUGUCUCCCACACCUCAAUCCGUUGCAUCCCAAACCACCUUACACCCCACUGUGACCCCAUUUCAAGAACUGCAAGAAUAGGGGCUAGUUAGUUAGCUAGUUAGUGGCACAGUUACUAUAACUUGGUUCAAACUGUCAGCAGAUGCUAAUGACGCAGAUUUUGCGCCCCUGAUGUUUAGCUCACAACCCUACUUGGGUUCCCAACAACCCCCACACAUCCCCUUCUCUCUCUCCAAGGUCUCUCAGAAAUUUCCCUCACCCACUUCUGUUUCACCGAAUAUCAUUUUAAUGUUAAAUAAAAACACUGUAAGUCAGAAACAAAAUUAGAAAUUGCUGGAAAAGCUCAGCAGGUCUGGCAACAUCUGUGAAGGGAAGUC